AUGGUUCACCUUGCCCGUGUGAAGACUGACAGCGAGGCCGCUCCCUUGUCUCGUCAGUUCGAUACUCUCCCGGCGCCUGACGAGAAUGACUUCUACACCAAUGUCUACGGCAGCCAUUUCGCUGCAGACCAUCUCAAUCACAACGAGAUGCCCGAGAGAGAGAUGCCCCGACAGAUCGCUGCUCGGAUGAUCAAGGACGAAUUGAGCUUGGACGGCAACCCUAAGCUGAACCUCGCAUCUUUCGUGACCACUUACAUGGAGGAGGAGAUUGAACAAAUUAUGACUGAUUCAUUCAGCAAGAACUUCAUUGACUAUGAAGAAUACCCUCACUCCGCUGAGAUCCAGAACCGUUGCGUCAACAUGAUCGCCAGACUAUUCAACGCGGAUACCUCCGACGAGAACGCCAUGGGAACUUCAACCAUUGGAUCGUCCGAAGCCAUCAUGCUCGGCACCUUGGCCAUGAAGAAGCGCUGGCAAAACAAGCGCAAGGCGGAAGGCAAGGACUUCUCGCGUCCCAACAUCAUCAUGAACAGUGCCGUGCAAGUCUGCUGGGAGAAGGCUGCUCGUUACUUUGACAUCGAGGAGAAGUACGUCUAUUGUACCGAUACUCGGUUUGUGAUCGACCCCAAGGAGGCAGUCGAUCUGGUGGACGAGAACACCAUCGGAAUCUGUGCUAUUCUGGGAACCACCUACACGGGAGAGUACGAGGAUAUCAAGGCCAUCAACGAUCUGCUUGUCGAGCGUAACAUUGACUGCCCGAUCCACGUCGAUGCUGCUAGCGGUGGCUUUGUCGCUCCUUUCAUCCAGCCGGAUCUGGAGUGGGACUUCCGCCUCGAGAAGGUGGUUUCUAUCAAUGUUUCCGGCCACAAGUACGGUCUGGUCUACCCCGGUGUGGGAUGGGUCGUCUGGCGUGCCCCGGAAUAUCUCCCCCAAGAGCUUGUCUUUAACAUCAACUACCUCGGUGCCGACCAGGCCAGCUUUACCCUGAACUUCUCCAAGGGUGCCGCUCACGUCAUUGGUCAGUACUACCAGCUGAUUCGUCUGGGCAAGCACGGUUACCGUUCGAUUAUGACCAACUUGACUCGCAUUGGUGACUACAUGUCAUCAGAACUUGAGAAGAUGGGCAUGAUCAUCAUGAGCCAGACCAAGGGCCGAGGUCUUCCUCUCGUCGCCUUCCGACUUCCUCCCAGCUCCGAUCGCGUUUUCGAUGAAUUUGCUGUCGCUCAUCAGCUGCGCGAGCGUGGCUGGAUUGUCCCCGCGUAUACCAUGGCCCCCAACAGCGAGAAGCUGCAACUGAUGCGCGUUGUCAUCCGUGAAGAUUUCAGUAUGACCCGAUGCGACAGCCUGCUCCAGGACUUCAAGCUCGCCCUACAAACAUUGGAAUCUAUGGACCAUUCCAUGAUUGCCAAGUACAAGGCACACAUUGAAAGCCACCGCGCUCAUCCUAGACACCAGCACACUCACACCCACUACAAGGAUGAAAAGCACUCGCUGCAAGGAAAGACUGGAAAGACCCACGGCAUCCCUCCCACCAACGGCUGGAUGCUCGAACUCGGCCACGGCACAGAUGCCGACUUUACAUGUGGCUAUCGCAUCUACAUAUCGGGCGAUACUCUUAUGGUAGACGAACUACGCGAGAUUCCCAAGAAGUAUGCAGGACAAAAGAUUGAUCUCAUGCUCGUUCAUCUCGGCGGAACUACCAUUCCUUCACCCUUGGUCGGAAGGCUCAUGGAGCCAUUGGCACUGAUGGUAACCAUGGACGCUGAACAGGGACUGGAGUUGAUACAGCUCAUACAGCCGGAUAUAACGAUUCCAAUCCAUUACGACGACUACGACGUAUUUGCCAGCCCGCUUGAGGAUUUCCGACGCCUGGUCGAGGCAGCAGGGUUCUCGCAGCGGGUUGUGAUCUUGGACCGUGGGGAGCAGUACGGCUUCCAGGUCCGAGAAUAG